AUGGCGUCGUUAAAGGAAAUUUGUGGCGGGCUUCCAGUGGAUCCUCUCCCUUCUCCGCGAGAUAGGGAUGAAUCUGUUCCUCAUGCGCCUGUUAGAACAGUUAAUCUUUCGGAUGAUGAACGCAGGGUAUGGAAAUAGAACUAAACAUUCGACUUUGUCAUUGAAAACUUUAAGCUAAUUAAUAAGCUGUGUUAAACUUUGUAGCUGAUCUUUAUAUUAAAGUUAUGCAACAGUAAUGAAAUUAAUUCGUAGCCUCGGUUUUAAGAUUUUAAAAUUUUCAAUCCAUUCCCCAUUGUAUGGCCCUUUGGUGUGGCAAAAUGUAUUUACAGCCUAUUAAUUUUGUAUUAAUGCAUGGUUGGCGUGUACACCAGCACGCGUGUUAGAUAGUCACACUUCCCUCCUUAAAUAUUUACUUAUUACGAUUUAUGGCUGGCAAUAAUUAUUAAAGGAAGAGAAAUACAAAAGCCAAGGGAUGAAGUGCAUUCUUCCAGCAUGAUUAGGGUUUACAUGGCUUGAAUACGACGAUCAUUAGACUUUUUUUCUCUGUUUUCUUUCAUUUCCAAAAGUAUUGAAGAAUGAAACCUGAGAAUAAAGGACCAUAUGUCAUUUUUGGCUAAUAGUUUAAAUACAAACACAAACUCAUUGUGCUGAUCUCCACUCAUAUUUGGACAAUAAUUCUUUAUAGUCACUCUUCUAUCAUGUGGGUGUGGUUAUUUUGUGAGAACAAAUGUGUAUCUGGUUGAGAACCCGUCUCCUCAAGCAUGCUGGCUUAUUUUUUAAACAUUUUUUAUUCCAUAUCAAAUCAAAUCAAAUCAACUUUAUUGGUACAAUAAUCCUAAAGACGUUCUCAGGAAUAUUAAGCCUUAGUAAUAUAAUUUUUCUUCAGUUUCACUUGGAGUUGCAUGCCUUACUUGUCAGGAGCAUUGAAGCCAUCAGGGCAUCAACUCAAGAAAAAAAAGAACAAAAAACAGAAAGCAAAAGUAGAGAUAGUACUCUUAAAGCCAAAGUGAAUGCAGUCAAUUACAUUGUACUCACAAUGCACAAAUAAGAUUGGGAAUUGCUGUGACAACGAUUGAAACUGCUGAUAAAUUUAAGAUAUGUUGAUAUUCUUAUAGUGCCAUGAUAGAUUGCUAUUCUUUAGUAAUAAUAUUCUAAAACCAAAGCAAAGUGAAGCAUGGCUUUGGAAGUAGUCUAUUCUCUUUCUUUUAUGCUUCUCCUACCUUUGUACCCUUUGUUGCUGGCAUGGCCAUUUUUCUCCUCUUGUGUAUCUCACUCAAUGGACUAACAAAUAAGACAGACUGCUUGUUGUCGAGUAAUAUUAAAUUCUUUAUUUACUUUCUUGGGUUGCUUUAUUGUAAUCUGGAGAAAAUCCAGGACAACAUUUAUAGUUAAAAUUGUACAUGAAAGUAAUGCCCAGGGCAUUACUUUAUCAGUAUAAUUACACCUGUACUUUAAUUUUUGUUUUCUAGUUAGCAUUACAGAAUGCUUUGAGGUAUUUUCCUCACACCUGUCAUCAUGCGCUUGCUAUGGAGUUUGCUGAUGAGCUUAGACAAUAUGGCCACAUCUACAUGUAUCGUUUUAGACCAGAAAUUGAAAUGCAGUAAGUUUACUACUGUAUGCCAUUAUUUUGGUUGUUAUCUGGUCUUUUUGCUUUGUCAGUCUACUCAAUGACCACCAACAACCUUAACAGAACAUUUUAUGAGUUUUCAUGAAAACUGAUUGUAGAUUUGCACCAGAUCACCCUAUGGUUUGAACAACUUGGCCCAGGGUAGCAAUAGUUGUGCAGCCAACAUCUUGCAACAAAAGAAAUAUUAUGCCUUUUCCUAUGUUGACACUGUAUGUGGCCUUAAAGUUUGUACAGAUAAAGAUUAUUUUCAGUGCAUUUGUUUUGUUUGGCAUAAUGAAGCACAACUGGUAAUUGUCAUGUGUAGAGGUGACAGGAGGUUUAAUUUUUAUCAAGAGGAGAUGUACUAAUGUAUGGGCUGGUGCUGGCCAGGCAGGACAAUAAUGUCUUGACUAUGCACAGUGUGAAACUGGCAGUUAGCAGGUUUUCAUGCAGUGUUUAAAUUUUUAUUUGAUUUGAACAUUUUCAUGCUUCUUUUAUAACGCAAGAGUCAGAAAGAUCAUUAAUAUUUGCUUAUCAUGUGGUUUUUUAAUAGUGCUUACCCCAUUGAAGAGUAUCCAGCAAAAACACGACAAGCAGCAGCAAUCAUGUUAAUGAUUAUGAACAAUCUGGAUGCCAGAGUUGCUCAGGUAUAUAUGCAGCUAGCAAACCAUCACAUUUUUUAGCCAGUGUAGUGUAACCAGUGUGUAUUUUAAUUUUCAACUGUCUUGUGUACAUGUUUGACCACUCUUUGUUACGAGAGAUUGAUAAGAGGGUUUAGACGAAGGUUUUUUGUUUCAAACCUCAUUAAAGUUUGUUUAUUUAUAAGUCAUCAUUUAUACGUCAAGUCACUGCUGAAAGCCAGGGUAUUGACUUGGAGUUUGUGUUUUGUAACUUUCUUUUGUUAUUUGCAUUGCUAGGAUUUACAAUGAAAUAUAAGGUCGUCCAAACAUCCAAUCUACUUAUCACUUUUCUCAGAGGAGUAACCAAUAUAAUUCAAGUAAACAAGAAAGAGUUUCUGUUAUAUCAGUGUUAUUGUAUAAACAUUAAAAGAUUUUCUUUUGAGUACUAUAGGUGUUUUGGGCAUGCUUUUCUAUUUUGACUAUUGCUUAUUUAAACUAGAUUAAUAUCAAAUUUUAUUUUCAUGCCUUGCCUAUAUAGUUUCCUCAUGAACUUGUGACAUAUGGAGGGAAUGGUCAGGUCUUCUCCAACUGGGCUCAGGUAAUGAACCUGAAUCUUCUUAACACGUGCUUCAUUAUUUCUGUUAAAUUUUAUCAGAGCAGAUGCAAGUGAGGCCAAUCAUGCUUGUCAGUCAUGCUUGUCUCCUGCUCCAUGCCUGCCUUGUUCUUGCUUAACGCCUGUUUUGGCAGGCCAGUAUUUUUUUACCUUCCCCCUCCCUGGUCACUGAUGUACAGGUAGCACCACAUGGCUUAGUUAUUAACAUGCCAGAUUUAUGGAUGUAUUCUAAGUUUGAUUCUUGGCCAUGCUAUUUUGUUUUGUUUUUCUAAGCAUGAAAUUAUUUGCGUUAUGUUAUUUAAAUAUAUCUGUGUAACUGGUUUACUCGCAGCAUAAAUCUUGAGUGGGAACCCUGUUAUGGACCAGCUUUCCAUCAAGGGGUGGGUUGUUGCAUGUACUCCUUAGGUGUUUUGACAUGCUAUUUUAAUUGAAAUUAAUGUGUGAUUAAUGUGUGGUCCUGUAAUCCUGUUUUUCAGUUUUGGCUUGUGAUGCAUUAUUUAUCAGAGAUGACCGAGGAACAAACUUUGGUGAUGUGUUCAGGACAUCCACAAGGUCUCUUUCCCAGCAGUCCCUCAGCUCCAAGAGCCAUCAUUUCUAAUGGCAUGGUAAUCCAUAUUAGUUCUGCAAAUAUUUUUGAUACAUUGAAAAAAAUACAAUAUUGUGUGAUCUCUUGAGUGUGUUAUUUGGUUUUAUUAGUGAUAAAACCAGCAAAGCAAAAGAUUUUAUGGAAAAAUAAAAAAUACAUCUUUUUCUUUGUCAUUAGCUCAGACUGGUUUGUUUGAAGAGUGAAGGAAAUUCAUCCUUAUAUUAUGGCCAUUAUGAUUAAGAACAUUGAACUGGAAAACAUUGUUUUUGUAGCUGAACUGCUGUACUUGAUCUGGUAGUAUUGGUGACCCCUGUUCACUUGCUUUUGCCUUUGUGAGGGAAAUUCAUCCUUAUAUUAUGGUCGUUAUGAUUAAGAAGUAACUUGACCUUUUGUAGCAAAAACAAUCAACUUGACGACAUGAACUAGACCGUCAUAACCAUUGGGGACAAGUGAACGAAAACGGAAAACAACUGAGAUACAUGUCCUUCAUCCAAAACGGCUCUUGAGAUAAUCUGGCCACACUGGAUUUCAUAGUUUUAUAUAGCCAAGGGUUCACUAUAUGUUUUCUUAGAGCACACUUUUAGUUCAUGACUAUGGUUAAUGUGCCACUUUUACAGCUUAUUGAUAUGCCAGCCUUACUUGCUUCUAGGUUAUUCCAAAUUAUUCCUCAAAAGAACUCUAUGAUAAGAUGUUUGCUUUGGGUGUAACAAUGUAUGGGCAAAUGACAGCGGGAAGCUACUGUUACAUUGGUCCACAGGGAAUUGUCCAUGGAACAACGGUAAAGUUAAAUAUGUUUAGACUGACAAUCGAAUGAUUUUAUUUGUAAAAGCAUAUUCUUAUUAUAUUCCUAGCCCAGGCACGACAGUGCAAGCUACUAUGUAGUAACGGACAACCUAUUUUUGCUUUAACGUCUAACAGUCAUAAACAUUAUAAAGAGUACCUGUUGCAUGAAAAAAAAAAUCUUUAUCAAGAAAACAUGAAUUUUGUAGCUUUGUUUCUUAUUCAGAUUGUGGUGUUGAAUGCUGGUAGAAGACGGCUGGGAGUCAGUGAUUUAAGGGGAAAGGUACAUUUUCUUAUCCUUGCAUAUUAGCAGGUUAAUUAUCAACAUAUUUUUCUUGAUCAAGAAAUUGGUAAGGAAUUUUGAUAAAAAGUCACAAUAGAAGAACAUCAGUGGUACAUUCAUAUGAUUCAUUAAGCAGUCACUUACGGCAUUAUAACUUUGUUGAGCACAAGGAGGAAUCCUGUCCUACCGGCAACAACAACGAGCUUUAUUUGCAUGACCAUACAAACACAUACAGUAUUGCAAAAGCUAUGUUUAGGAAUCAAAAUUACAACACAGGGAAAUUAUGUUACUUUGACAAUAAUUUGUCACGAGGAUCAAAACAAGCUGAAAUAUAUUUUAUGAAUUGUAUAUUGAUAAAGUAAUUAGAAGAGUUAAUCAGUUCAUUUAUCAAAACGUUUAUAGGUAACUGGGUAAUAUUUGGAAUCAGAGUCUUGACUUUAUAGUAAAAUUUGUUCCUAAUCAUAGAGUAUGUAGGACAUUGAAAAGGAAAGUGAACUUCGUCUUCUAUUACAUUGCAUCCACAAAAAAGGGCAAUGCCUAUUAUCCUUCGUAGUUUGAUUGUAUCUGCCUAUUUCUAUCAUUAGUUUGUGAUUGCUUAUUCAUAGUUUUACUAAAGCCCUUCUCCCAGCUGUUCCUCUUGUUAAGUCUAAGUAACUAGGGGAGGUAUGAUCGGUUUUAAAAGAUCUAUAAAAUUCAAGUUUUUGAGAAUGUUGAAAGGUAUUUUGCCAAUAUGAGAUAUAUUCCUGUUUCAUUGAACUUACAUAGCUUUUUACCAUAGCUGUAUCUAAUAAAUCAGGGUUAAAGUCAGGAAGCUUAAAGUAUUCUGACAUAUUCAUUAAAUGAGAGUGGAAGCUAUUUUUGCCAUUACAGUGUAAGUCGAAUGACAUAAAAAAAAAGCUCCUUGUUUGAUGAGAGGCUUUCUCCAUCUGGGGAGCCAUAAGAAAAUUGAUAGUGACCAGCUAGCUUGUUCCAGGAAGGGUAAAGAUUUGUAUGCUCAGCCGCGUGAAGCCCAGCAUGUGAAUAAAAGAUAUCAACCCUUUCUUUUUAAAGAACAUUCCUGAGCGAUUACAUCACAAUUUUGUGCUGCUCGUCAAGCUAUGAAUGCCUACGUGAAUGGGUGUAUAAUGAUUAGCAAGGAAAGAAGCAAUCUCGACUUUGAUAUUUCGGUCAAUGAUUAUCAGUUUAAUACAGUUGAGCCACUUCUUAUUGACACAUCUCUAUUAUGGACAGUUCUCUUGGUCCUAAAAAUACUUACCAUCACAAUUCCACUGCUAUAAUUAUGGACUUGAUCUACACUCUACUUCUGUUAUGCUGACAACAAUUUUGGCUGACUGGCUUUUUUUUGUUCAUUUUAAUGAAUGAGAUUUGGCUGUUACAUUAUUUGAGUAUUGAAUAAUAAUGUCAGCAUCCUCUAAGAUUCAAUAAUGUUGUUGUAGGUCUUUGUUACGUCAGGUUUGGGUGGAAUGAGUGGUGCACAGGCCAAAGCUGCUGUGAUUGCUGGCUGUGUUGGAGUGGUGGCUGAGGUACAUAAAAUGUUAUAUAUUUGUCUUAUUCCAUUUGGGGUGGUUCCAAAACAUCAACACCUUGUUGAAAAUUUGAGACCUGCUUAAUGUGGCUAAAGAGAGUGAAUAAAACACCUGAAAACAAGAUGUAAAAUUAAUGUUUCCAAGAUCUUGCAAUCAAAUCAAUAUUUUCUAGAUCUUACCUUUAAUAUUCCACCUCUUCUACUUUAACUUUUUGUAGUGAAGUUUUUAUUAUUAUGUAGUAAUAAUGUAAUUUAUUACACAGGCUUUCCACUGCAUAUGUAUUACACAUUUGAUUAAUGUCUUGCAGGUUAAUGAAGCUGCCUUAAAGAAAAGACAUGAGCAAGGGUAAGAUUUUGUUAUGACUUUUUCACUCUACUAUAACCUGGUAACUUUUUAGCGUCCAAAACAUUAUAACCAAAGUUUCUUGUCUAUAAUGUGGAUCCUAAAGUUUUCGUUUUAAUAAUGUAACAGUGUUUUCUGGCUUGUCUUUGUUGUUAGGUGGCUAAUGGAGUACACCUCUGAUGUGAAUGUGUGCAUUCAAAUGAUAAAGUAAGUCCUGAGAAGACAUACUUGGUUCAUCAACACCUUCAGCUGCCCCUCUGCAUAUUGUGUGUCUUGUAGUACAGUGUAUUUUAUAUGAAGGCUUUGUCUUGUAUUAGACUAGCUAUGAAGUGUGUAAAAAAUUUUUCCACGGUGUAUAACCUUCCUAGUCAUAUCAAGAUAAAUUCCACUGCAAUAAAAUCUCUCCUUUUGUGUUGUAAUUUUCCAAAAUCACCUCGUGUCUGUUAGAAAUACAGAUAUCCUGAAAAAUGGUCACAAAUACACCAUAUGCGUCCUUAUCACAGAGUAUGUGAAGGGCUUGCUCUUAUACUCUUGUUUUAAAACUGAGGCAUUGGGGCAAAUUGGGAAUUAUGGCCUAUAUAUAUCCAGUCCUGCUUUCAAAUUUGAUUUUUGUGUGUGUGUGCAGGAAAGCUAGGCAGCUGAAAAAGCCACACAGUUUGGGAUACCAUGGAAAUAUAGUUGACUUGUGGUGAGUGAACUGUUUGUCAAGAAUUGCUACGUUUUAUGAUGAGACUUGUCAUGAAGCUUUGUAGAUUUGCUGCUGUGUGAUGCCAUAAGAAAAGAAGCGAUGACAAAAUGAAGAAAACGUACAUGGCGACGUUGAUUCUUUAUCAUGUUUUAUCUCUAGGGUGUUUACAGUACAGCUAGUGAUGCUGGCGGCCAGCCCCAGAUAAAGCAUGUAAAAUUGACUUUUUGUAACCCGUUAUUUCCCAAAUUAAGACAGCACAUUAUACUGAUUCUAGUUAGCUUUUCUUUUAGCCACUGUUAUCAAAGAGAUUCUGACGACAUGGUUAUUUUGUUCCAUUAAAGGGAGCGUCUGGUACAAGAAUAUGAAAGCACUGGUGAACUUCUUGUGGAGCUUGGCUCUGAUCAAACUUCCCUCCACAAUCCUUUCAAUGGUGGUUACUACCCUGUGCAGGUCAGUGAUGUCACAGGAAUUCCAAGCUCGCGUUACAAGAAAGCGAGUGUUUCUCCUGGAUGGUUGAGUGUUUCGUGGGGUUUUUCUCAAAUUGGGACUCUGUCUUUCAGUUAGUGCCUAAACGUCUUAACAAAGAGCAAAGGAAACCCAAACAGCGAGAAAAGAGACUUUUUUUGUGUCAUAAGCUCUAGGUGGCCGUACUGACAGAAAACUCUGAUUGCGUCUUACGGAGGCCAUUCUUGUAUAAUUUGACGACCGUUUCUUUUUACUUAUACGUAGGUGAAAUUUGAUGAAGCAAACGAAAUCAUGAAAGAUGAUCCUGAAAGGUUCAAAGCCUUAGUUCAAGAAAGGUAUGUUUACUAUUAGAAUUAUAUUGACUUAAAUUAUUAUCAUACAACAGCAAACCGUCUCUGUUAACAGCUUUGUCGUUAUAUAUCUUUCAGCCUUCGUCGUCAGGUUGCAGCUAUCAAUAGACUGACUGCACGUGGAAUGUUCUUCUGGGACUAUGGCAAUGCAUUUCUCCUCGAAGCUAGUCGUGCAGGUAAAACGUUACAAACUAAGAGAGCAAACAUUGCAAUCGUGUAAAGUAGAAAGAGAGAGAGAGAGAGAGAGCUCUGUUUGAAGAAACACUAUUUAUUCAGGUAGAAUUCAGUGGGUUGAUUGCUUUGAUAGGUAGUUUUUGUUCGUUAUAAAAAUGAAUUUUAACCUAUUUUUUGCAGUCUUUUUGCAUCAGUUAAUUCCAGCUGCGCCCACCGUCCUCCAAGCCAAAUUUCGUGCGCCCCGGGUGUCGGGCAUUUGUCAACCUUGGGGCCAAACCCUGUCUUUUUACGCCACAUUGUUUCUGACUCGAAAUCAAAUGAGAUAGUGAGAUCGGGAGCGAUCCUAGUGAGUCGACGUACUUUUUGUUUAUUGAAUUAAUCUUGUUUCGAUCAAUUAAGUGGCCUUAAUAUUCAGAACAGCUGGCUUUUAUACGAAAGACCAUUUAAUCUACGUCAGUGCUCUAAAUGGCUUGUUUGCUAGCCUGCAAAUACAUCCGUCUUUACUCGCUCCUCCUCGACGCUUAAGAAAAAGAGGCGAGGAGCUAGCAGAGACGAAUGUAGUCGCAGGCUUAAGGACAUGACGCACUCGGUUUUCAAUAAACUAUGACAUCAUCUGCCUUAAACCUGUCAAAUCGGUUAAACAACCUAACAUAGCAAGUUACGUUAUGUUAAAGAGACUUCCCCGCAUUCUUUCUUACGAUAAAGACAAAAGACGAUGAGAUCAUCGAAGUAAAUGUAUCCCUACCCUCAAUAAUGGAGCUCACCGGCCAAAAAGCGGUCUAAAACAUCCGUACUAUACUACUACUAUCAAGACAAACUACAUUAGAAGGUUACAUUUUAUGGCACGUAGCACUGAUCAAUAUUACUUUACCCCGAUGCUUUUAUGUUCUAAGGAGCUGAUGUGUGCAAAGAAGGAGCGCCUCUGGGAGUGUUCCGUUAUCCUUCCUAUGUACAGGAUAUUAUGGGGUAGGUACUGACAGCAAUUUAUUUAGUUCUUUCCUCCAGCAGUUAACAUUCGCGUUUUGCAGCUGCCCGCUUAGAGACGUUUGGCAGGAUACAGUUCUGUUGUGAAAUGUCAUGUGACCUCAAAGUAACCAAUGAGAGCACGCGUUGCUACCUUUAUACCCAACGUAUUGUGCCUAAGUUCUGUGUCUAUCUAUUUUAAAAGUAUUGUGAUAAUAACCUUCGUUCCGAUUCUCGAAUGUAUUUACAGAAUCUUUUGAUUUGAUUUACAGCGAUAUUUUCUCAAUGGGCUUUGGACCAUUUCGGUGAGUGAAUGAAAAACAAUUAUCUUUGCGUUCUGAAUCUAAAACGUUCAAAAAUGGAUAUAAUGAAAUCGUUACACCUUCGUAAGUAUCAAAGACAUUUUAUUCUGCGUCGACUACUGUUUGGAAAAACUUAACUUUCGCGAAGGAAUUGAUUCCGUCACAUCUGCUUCGUCUCUUAUUAUUAUCAUACCAUGUUUAACGCACAUUUUCCUCAUCCCCCCUUGUACAUUUAGAUGGGUUUGUACUUCCGGUCUGGCAGCCGAUCUGGCAACAACUGAUGAAAUCGCCAGAAAAGUAUUGGAGCAAAUUAUGGCUGAAGGAUGUGAGUUUCAAGCCAUUUAACUAUCAUCUUGUUAAUUGAUAGUUUUUAAUAUUCUUUUUCUAAGCACACCAAAUCAUACAGCCUGGCAAUUUUUCGACAUUUUUUUGGAAACUAGGAUGCACUACCUCCUUCCCAGGGCCCGGGUCUCUUUUUCGUCCUCUUCAGGGUACCGGAAGAGGAGAGAGCCUGGGAAUGAGGUGUAAUUACACAUUUAAUAUUUAAUCUUUAAUCCGCUAUCUAAACUUGACCUGUGUGACGUUUUCAGGAGGAAAAUUUCAGGAAACUCUUGCUCGCUUCUCUUGGCCUCAAUGAAAAUAACAUUAUCAACGCGAACAACUUCAAACGUGUUAAUUUUGUUUUUGCAGUACCUGUUGAAGUAAAAGCUCAAUACGAAGACAACAUUAAGUGGAUAGAAGAAGCGCAGCAACACCAUUUGGUUAGCUUUUAAAACCUGUACACAUCAAUAUUUAUAGAGAACCUGCUUUGUCAUAGGACAAAUUGACUAUUUUUUGAAAUAAAGUAUAAUUUUCCUUUCAUUAUCUAACGGUGAAAUAAAGGUUUGUGUGUACAUGUAAAUAAAACUAAAAUGGGACGUGAUUACAUCGCAGACUUUUUUACGCACACCGCUAACUUGCAUUUGAUGAUUUGAUGACGUCAUUAGGUCGCUCUUAGCUUGGUAUUAGAAAAAUUUCGAAUCAUGAUUUUGACAAACGUGCUCGUUUUCAUUUAAAAAGCCGAUCUUAUGUAUUAAUGUUAUAACUAAUAGAAUCUGUUGAGUCGUUACAAUGUUUGAUCAGUUUAAUCUGUUUAUAGGUGGUCGGUUCCCAGGCUCGAAUUUUGUACUCAGACCACCGCGGCCGUGUGGCUAUUGCAGAAGCAUUCAACAAGGCGAUCAGCGAGAAGCGAUUGAUGGUAAGACUAUUUUAUUUCAGUUUCGGUGGAUCCUGUCCACUGAAUAAUUUACGUUUGAUGUCUUUUUUUGUUUCAGGGUUGCGUGGUCAUAAGUCGGGACCACCACGAUGUCAGUGGAACAGAUAGGUAAUUCAGACCUUAACAGCUUUUUAUUCUGCUAUAAAUAUUUUUGUUCGCCGUUUCUUUAGCGUUUCUUUGGGUCAUGCGGUACAUGUUGUGACUGGCAGAAGUAAUUACCUUACAGUAGGUCUGAGUUUUACGUUACUCGGUCUAAAGUAAAUAAAGUAACUUCUUUGGUGGAGAGAAUUUGUUAUGCUGUUAAAUACGAUGUGUUUUACACUCUAUUGUUAUCACUCAAAUUUAUGAUAGCUUGUGUAAAUUUUGUUUCCAGCCCUUUCCGUGAAACUUCAAACAUUUACGACGGAUCAAGUUUUUGUGCAGGUUUGUGGUUAGCGCACUUGAAGCCAAAAGCCAGCGGUAUUAAUUGUUGUACUACUGGCCCGUAUAAAAUAAUAUAUUAAUAAGGACAAGGUUCUUCUGCGCAUAGGUAAUAAAUGAAAAGUAAAUAAAUAAAACAAAAAAGGACGGUAACAUAAGGAACUACUUGUGACUAUGUAUCUAACUUAACUUAGCUAAAGUUAUGUUUUAGUCAGAGAGGACAAAGUUCCUCAGAGGUUAACGAAAAGUCUGAGAAUUUUGUUGAAAGUAAGGGAAAGUCUUGGUUCUUAUCAAUGUCAUGAAAACGUAUAUAUAUUCAUGUCCUUCAAAAGGAGUUUUAGAAAGAUAAUAUGAAAUGUAAGGUCUGUGAAAGUUUAUCAGGUGUCAGGAAAAAGUCAAUAAUGCCAAAUGCCAACCCUGGUCAUGCGUAAAUUGGAGUCAGGAACAUACUGCUCGUGAUAGCUGAUGUACAGGAUUUCUAACGUCCUUUUUCUAGAUGGGGAAGGUAUCGCGACUACACGUACGGUGUAUUCUGGCCAGUCCGGUAUUUGCUUGAAUCUUUAGAUGGCUCUUUGCGAACUCCUACAGAGUGAUAAAUAGUACCAAUUGAUAGUAAUUCUUUUUGUAGAUAUGGCUGUUCAAAAUGUUAUUGGUGACUCUUUCCGAGGAGCAACGUGGGUUGCACUUCAUAAUGGCGGCGGGGUCGGCUGGUAAGUUAGGAUUUAGUAUAUUGAAAAGUUAUUUUGAAACCUGUCUAUAUUCACUGGGAUAUUUGUAUUGAACCCUCAAAAUUGAACAGUCCUUCAGUAUUGUCGUUUUCUUUUGUUAUCUUGAGCUUUUUCUUCCAUAUCCCGUCAGACGUGAGAGUUUGUUGUCGGUGUACUUUUCGUUAAAUACUAGUAACACUUGAGGGUCAUAUAGUCAAACCUGCUGACUAUAGCUUUACUUGGCAGGCUAAUUAAAUGACGUUUUUUUUUGCAGGAUGCUUGAAAUACUUCAUCGUCCUUUGUUAGUCUUUAAGUCUUUUGACUGUGAUGAUCCUCAUUUUAAUAGUAAAUUUUCUGUGUUUUUCUUUAGGGGUGAAGUUGUCAAUGGUGGCUUUGGUCUGGUGUUAGAUGGAUCUCAAGUAAGUUUUAUCGAUUAAGUGUAGAAUCCGGUAGUAUUUUUAAUUUAUUAUUCGACACUGCAGGCUCAUAAAAUAUACGAUACAGUUGAGCGCCUCAACUAAAAGUGUAUAUACAGCUUAAUAAAGAUGAAGUUGUCACUAACCGUUCGUACCAAGUAUGCAAGAAAUUUUAUCUCGCUUUAGAAUUAAGUAAUGUCAUUUUAAAACGCUCUUUUCCACCGCGUUUUUACUCCCUGAGCUUUUCUCUAGUCGAUAAACUUCAAGAUGCUUGGUACUCUCGACAUUUUUUGUCGUGUAGGUUUAGCAAAGAUAACUGUGUGCAGUAUGGCAGUAGACGAAUAAGUUUUUACACGACAUAUGUGUUAUGAACCCAUACUUCAUACGACCACUUCUUUGAAUUGUUAUUUUGUUGGCAGGAUGCUGGUAGCAAGGUUCGUAUGAUGUUAUCCUGGGAUGUUAACAAUGGGGUGAGUCUAUUGUUUAAACAUAUAUUUUUCCCAACCAGUUUAUGUUUUUUCUCUCAAGAGGUUUGCAUAUCAACUUGAUUACUCAAAGGGGAACUCUUUAAAGAAACUUAUUUAUAGAGAGUCAAUUUACUGACGAAUAUUUGAACUUGGAAUUCCGAUUUCUAGGCUUGUAAUAGCAUUUUACUCACUGGGACUAUAGGAUUUGGCUACGUUAUUUCUCUUUUCCACUGGCAAUUGGGUUUGAGACAAACUUUGAUUGGAGACUGGGCAGGGGGAAAACAGAUUAGUAAGAUGCACCCACAGGAACCUCGAAAUUUAAAAGUUACGAGGAAAUUAGUCCUACCUUGAUUAUAGGGAGGAGAUUUGUUUUCCUUUUUUUCGAUUGCUUUGCUGUUGGAAUCAGUCUGCGGUCUAUUAAGUUAUUUGUGAUCGAGAUCUUCAAGAGAUGCGUCACCACCCAUCACUUUGUUGCUGUAGAUUUUGCUAACCGUAACUGUUUUGCUGUGUUCAAGGUUGCUCGCCGUUGCUGGUCGGGAAACAUCCAUGCAAAAAAGGCCAUCUGCAAGGCCAUGGAAGAGAAUCCUUUAUUGAAGGUCACCAUUCCCUGUCACGUCCAGGACAUCACUUUACUGGACAAAGCUCUUAAGCCAUGA